AUGGAUUUUCAAAUUAUAAGUGAUAAGGUUCUUCACCAAACUAUAAUACCGGGACUUGUUAGUUAUUGUCCAUCCAUGGACCUCAUAGCUCUUGCUACCAAAGACCAAGGCGUGUACAUAUUUCGUCUCAAUGGGGAACGUGUUUGUGGAAUCUCCCAGCAAAGUAAACAUCGAGUCGAAAGAAUCCAAUGGAAGCAAGACGGCCAACUUCUUGCUAUUGCUUGGAGUAAUUCUUCUAUACAACUUAUAAGUCCAGAAGGAGGGAAAAUCGUCCAUCAAUUUUCUACGCAGGAUUACUCGUCUGAAGUCACGUGCAUAGGAUGGUCUUCGAACUUUACUGCACAAUCACCUAGUUCUGUCAAUAUAGUGAAAAGUUUUGAGCCAUGGAAAGUACUUGAGGAUAAUGAAAUAUUAGAUCUCCAAUGCCGUUUAGAUUUGCCGAGAGAUCUAUCUUCAAUCGAAAUUGAGACAAGCCUCCCAAAACUCAGCGUUUUACCCACUGGAGGAAACUUCAACGAUGUUUUCUGUAGUAGAUCCUCGUUAGACGCCGUCUUCCGUCCACGUAAUCUCGGAAAUAAUAAUGUAGUUGAUAUAAUGAUAGUCGGCACCAAGAGUGGGAAAAUGCUAAUCAGUAUUUACGACACAUUUCUAAUCGGGUCUUUUAAUACGUGGACCACUGGCCAGAAAUCUUCAUACCUUAUAUUUCAUGCUUCUCACAAAAGUAGCUCAACUCACGUGUUACUUGUGAAAGACCAUGAAGGCUUAGAUAUGAAAUUUAUGGCGCUGGACCUCCGAUUUAUAUCAGCCUCAAGUAGAUAUUUAUCUUUGCUUGCAUCUCGCUCCACGACGUUACAGAAUCUUCUAAGAUACAUUCGUCAGGUCCAAUCUUUAUUGGCCAUAGAGUGGAGGAACACAAGAGAAUUGCCUGAAAAAUUUAUUCGAAAUAUUAAUGAAGUUCUUAAGGAGAGAAAUGAAGGUGAUAUUGUGCAGGCAUUAUAUCAUUCAGUAGCUACUGGGCACACUUUUCCUGUUGUCAAAGAAUGGCUUGUCAACGAAUUAUCUGAAAGAGGUCAAAGACGAUGGGAUAAAGCAGUCACUACAGGACUCAAAAAUAUGAAGCGAAUCGUGCACGAAAAUAUGCUUCCAGCCCUCGAGCGUUUUUCUACUAUUUUGAGCAGACUUCUAGGCAUUGCAAAAUUUCAGGACUCCGAACAUACAGUCGGUUUUACUAGCCAGCAAAUAAAGGCACUUAUGGAUCUUUCUUCUUGUCUAUCUUUAAUUUCGUCCAGAAUAUUGAUGCACACAAUUGAUGAAAUUGAACUUUUUUCUUCCUUUUCAACAUGGCUCCGAUCUGAGAUUGAACGCCUCGCUUCUGAUAAAUCACAUAUAACCGAUGAAAGCUCCGAAAAGGAGGCAUCGAUAAAUUAUUGCAAAGUUUUACUGUAUCUCCAAACUAUGAUGACAAACAGCAACCUCGAAGUUCACUUUACAAAACCUUCGCCAACAGAAGAGCGUGAUACAGUCAAAAUUUCUCAUAGCAGCCAGAAAUUUUGCGAAAGCCUUAAUGAACACUUUCAAAGUACUAAGAAAGCUUUUUCCCUCAAAAAUUCGAUUCUCAACAUUGAAUGUGUUUAUGAAGAGUUAUCACAUCAAGCUUCAGCUAUAUUCGACCAGAUAGCAGAUGAAGAAAAAAGAAAUGUUAUACUCAAUAAAGGCCAUUCAAUCGGUGCGCCUGAGGCAAAUAGCCCUGUGGACAUGCAACUUGUAAAAAAUGAAACAAACAAUCUUUGGUCUUACAUUGCAUUCGUGCCUAAAGGAAAUCCGCAUUCUGUCCAAAUUAUCCGAAUCAUAUUGUCGAUUUACAAUGGAAAAAGCACAGUUAAUACCACAGAAUCUUUUUCCGUUCAGCUUGGUAUUGGCAAAAUUAAAGAUAUAAGGUUUUCUAACACUCAUUCGUUAUUGGUUAUCUGGGAAGAUAAUGGGUUUCCACAUUUGCUUCAACUCCCGUUGGAGCCCUUAAAAGGCCAGGCAGCACCAACGUUUAAUCCACAUUAUGCUCCGCACACUUUAUCUGGUAGGGUCCCUGAACCUACUAUGGUCGCAAAUGAAGACGUCACACGCUUUUUCAACCCAUUAAAAAUACCGCAUGACGAUAAGUUUGUAGCUGAGAGAUUAGAGGUUAGACGUGAUGGUAUCAAUCUCUCAAAAGAUGAUCAACGUAUUAUUAUUCUUGGUCAAGAGGGGAAUCGAUACCAAGUUCUCACACAUAAAUAA